AUGUCGCACCCACCGCCCUUGGCGAUCCCGGGUCGCUUCGGCGUGCCCAACGCAUCCGGCCAGAAGUUCAACAAGGCCUGCGACCCCAAGAACGGCAGCUCGUGCGCCUUCUCGCCCAUCGGGCCCAGGAGGAGGCCCGUCCGCUCCAAGAACGACCGGAUCGUCGAGCUGGAGCGCCGCGUCAGGGACAUGCAGCUCAAGCUCGAGAGGCAGGUCGAGAAGCAGGUCGAGAGGCGCGCCAGCGCCAUCAAUGUUGUCGGCAGCGAAGCGGACCGAGACGCUCCCGGGGCCGAAUCCUUCGCCGAGGCUCCUCCCGCUCCCGGGUCCCACCCCAACAACAAGCCCGCGCCGCCGUUUUCCUUCGUGCCCGGCCCCGGGUCUCCGGAGCCAAAACCCGCAUCCACUCAGACGGAGCCGGAAUCGAGUACCCAUGAAUCGGCGGAUAAAUCCUGUGGUGAUAUUCUAUCCGGCCCGACGACUGUGGAAAGUCACCCCACAGCCGCGUCAGAUGACGCUGUUGCCUGUGCCGCUGAUCCCAAGGCAGCCCGCUACGGGCCAGACGUCGUCGACCGCGGGCUGAUCACCCUCAGCCAAGCCGACAAGCUCAUCAACAGAUUUCGUCAGUUCAUCCACGGCAAAUUCCUCGGCAUCGGGAUACCGGAUGGCUACUCCAACCAGUCGCUCCGGCGCAACAAGCCCGCCGUCUGGCUCAGUGUGCUAUGCGCCGCGUCGACCGGCUCGGCUGAGUUUCUGUCGGUCGCCAGCGUCCUGUCCAGCGAUCUGGAGAAGAUCCUGGACGAGCAGGUCCAGGAGGACCUUGAGCCUGACCUGGAUAUCCUGCAGGCGCUGGCCAUAUUCUACAUCUUCCACAAUGACCCCACGCAGUCGAUGCGUGAGAGAUUUUUCGAGUGCAACAAGAUGGUCGUUGCCAUCGUCAUCAAGCUCGGCCAGGCAUCAAAGAUCCACAACCUGCCGGAGGGCGUGCCCAUAACUGAGGCCGACGUGACGGAGAGGGCAUUGGACCUGUCCAGGCAGCUCUGCAUCUGGCAUUGGACCAGCUUCUCCCUCGCGGUGAAGGCGCGCGAGAACAUCCUCAUCAGGCCCUUCAGCUUGGUCAACUCAAGUCUGCGGAUUUUGGAGACAAGCGGGAACCAAUGCGACAUGUCUUUGAUCGAGUGGAUCAAGCUGAUACAGAUCGCGGUGGAGGGAGCAUUCGCCCUGUUCAACGGCCAUGAUCGCGCAGAGGGCUUGAGUGACGAGGGGAGAGAUAGCAUCAUCCAGUACUUCGAGAGAAAGCGCAGACAGUGGCUGAUUAACUGCCCCUUCGACCUGGUCAACGAAUUCCUCAUGCUUGAGUACCACUACACGGCGUUGGUCCUCACCGAAGUCAUCUACCCAGCUGGCAGGGCGGACUUCCAUGCCCGAAGCCACGGCCUCCCCUCUCUAUCCUGCCCCUCCCAGUCGCCCGCCAGCACCGAGACGGACAACACAGACACCAAGCCGGACCAGGACGUCCUCGCCCCGUACCGGAUCCAGUACACACAGAAGUGCAUAACCGCCGCGCACGCAUGCCUCACCCUCGUCGUCGAGCCGCCGGGGUCACCAGGCCUGACCAGCACGAACAGCCUCGCCGACGCGGAGACGCUGCGGUACUUCUCCAACGUGCCGUACUCGCGGCUCUUCUACGCGCUCCGCUUCCUGAUGAUCGUCGCGCACAACAUCUGGCGGACGGGCGAGUACGACCUCGUCAACAUCGACUCGCUGCGGCCGGGGUACUACAUCGAGGGCAUCAAGAGGGUCCUCGCCAUCGCCUCGGACGGGGGCCGGUUCCGCCCGCCCUCGCUGUGGCUGUACGCCAUCCAGACGCGCAUCGAGCCCUGGUGGGAGGCCUUCCGCGCGAGGCUGGAGCGCGACAGGCCCCCGCCCAGCCGGCCCAGGUCGUCCGGCGAGGUCGAGGGCACCCCCGAAGCGACGCCGCCGUCGACGACAGGUGUCACACCCCCAAGCGCCGCCCACCAGAAGCCGCGCCGCCAGACGUCCGAGCCGCUGCCGCCGGGCUACGACCGCACGAGCGAGUCCCCCUUCGCGGGAGCCCCACAGCCGCCGGCGCCCGUGCCCUACGACAUCUUCUCGGCGAGCCAGGCCAUGGACUUCCUGAUCCCCUUCAACUUUGUCCAGCAGGCACCCCCCGUGGCGGCCGCGGCCGCGAUACCCGGCAACCCGAACCUCGGGCCCCAGCCGUUUGCGUGCUCCCCGCCGCCCGGGCCGCCCGUGCGGGGUGGUGGCUCUGGUGGGGGCCAGACGGGGUCCUCGGGCACGACGGGCUACACCACCUCCUCCUCCCCGCCUGCGCCCGGGAGCAGUCGUCAAGCCAGCGUGAGCGGUUCUGGGGAAGACCAGGCGGCGGCGGCGGCGACAACGGCGGCGACAACGGCUGGUGGGUACGACCUGGGGGCCACCGCCUUCGACCAGGGCGAAGGCCUCGGCUACCUCGACGACUACCUCGAGACCAUGGACCUGGAUGCGUUCAACUGGAACUGGGGCGAGUACGGGGCCUUGUUCCCCGGCGCGGAGGCUUUCCUGCCGGAUCCGUCAGUGUUACCAUUGACCUCCCCGUUCGUCGGCGAGGCUCCUGGCGGUGGGCCACAGGAGGAUGGGACCGAAGGAUCAUGA